CAAUGAUAUCUGGGCUAAACAAAAUUCGUCCAUAUCCGAAUACUUGAAGUGUCUAUACCCGUUUCCGCUCGGAGCAACUGAACCUCCGUCGCCGGAGGAUGGGCAGGCGGAGUGCUCUCCCUCAUCUUCUACUGCUUCGCUCUUACUCAGGCAAAGUAACCCCGCCCCCGCCGGCUCCCCUUCUUCGUUCAUUCAAUUCUUCAUCCCAUACUGACGAUGUCCCUAGUAGACUCCCCGGACUCGUGACAGAAGAGUAUCCAAGCGACUCUCCUUCCUUUUCGCCACAAGAGUUCGCUUUUUUGAAGGACUCCUUGUCGGCUAGGUCUACUUCUGAUGGUAUUGAUGAUGCUGUCCUUUUUAUUAAAAGUGUACUUCGGGAGUAUGGCAGUAGCAGUAAUGGCUGUUUGGGGGAGGAAGCUCAGAAAAUUCUUAGGCAGUUGAGGGAUAAGCUGAACCCAGAUUUGGUGGCUCGGGUUCUCAGAGAGGUUCGGGACGCUGAACUGGGCGUGAAGUUUUUCAUGUGGGCUGGUAGGCAGAUAGGGUAUAGUCAUAAUGUAGCUGUGUUCGAUGCUUUACUAGAUGCUGUCGUCAUCGGGGAACCCAAUAAUUCUUAUAAUGCCACAGUUCCGGAGCAAAUUCUCCAUGGUCUUAUGGAUGAUGAUAAAGAGGUUUUGGGGAAAUUGCUUAAUUUUUUUGUCCUCAAGUGCUGCCGAAAUGGAUUGUGGAACUUGGCUUUAGAAGAGCUAGAGAGGCUAAAGAGUUUAGGGCAUAAGCCCUCCAGAGUCACUUACAAUGCCCUAGUUCUGGUUUUUCUGCAAGUGGGUAAGUUGGAUUCUGGUUCUUUGAUUUACAGGGAGAUGUCAGGCUUAGGGUUCAAGAUGGAUAUGCACACACUGAAUUGCUUUACACGCUCACUCUGCAAGGAAGGUAAAUGGAGAGAAGCCCUUGAUUUGAUGGAGAAGGAAGGCUUUGCUGCUGAUACUGUGAUAUACACCUCAAUGAUUUCUGGGCUAUGCGAAGGUUCUUUUUUUGAAGAGGCUAUGAAUGUCCUGAACAUAAUGCGAUCCAGUUCAUGCAUCCCCAAUAGAAUUACUUAUGAGACCUUACUUUGUGCCUGUUUGAAUCAAAGAAAACUGGGUAGGUGUAAGAGAAUUCUUAAUAUGAUGAUUCUAGAAGGUUGCUGUCCAGGCCAAAAGAUAUUUAAUUCACUUGUAAAUGCUUAUUGCAGAUCAAUGGAUUAUUCGUUCGCCUAUAAAUUACUCAAGAAAAUGGACCGCUGUGGCUACCAACCUGGUUAUGUGGUCUACAACAUAUUGAUCGGAGGUAUAUGCGGCAAUGAUGACUUACCAAGCAAGGAAUCGCUAGAACUGGCCGAAAAAAUCUAUGAGGAAAUGCUUCAUUCAGGGGUUGUACUGAAUAAAGUCAACGUUUGCAACUUUGUACGUUGUCUUUGUGGGUCCCAAAAUUUUGAGAAAGCCUUUCAUGUGAUUCGUGAAAUGAUGAGCAAGGGUUUUGUACCUGAUGUUAGCACAUACUCUAAAGUUAUUGGCUUCCUCUCCAGUGCCUCAAAAAUAGACAAGGCAUUCAUGUUGUUUCAAGAAAUGAAAAAGGAUGGCCUCGUUCCUGAUGUUUAUACUUAUACAGUACUGAUCGACAGUUUCUGCAAAUCUGGAUUCAUCAAACAGGCUCGUAUUUGGUUUGAGGAGAUGAGAAGUGAGGGUUGUAUGCCCAAUGUAGUGACUUACACAUCUCUUUUACAUGCAUGCCUCAAACAAAAGAGAAUUUCCGAAGCAAACGAGCUCUUUGAGUUAAUGCUGUCUGAAGGAUCCAUUCCUAAUGUUGUGACCUUUACUGCUCUGAUAGAUGGCUUCUGCAAAGCAGGGAAUGUGGAUAAGGCUUGCCAGAUCUAUGCAAAAAUGAAGGGAAGUGUUAGCACUUCUGAAGUAGACAUGUACUUCGAGACAGAUAUGGGUAGUAGUGCAGUGAAGCCCAAUCUUGUUACGUAUGGAGCUUUAGUGGAUGGUCUAUGCAAAGCACAUAGGGUAAACGAUGCUCGUGAUCUAUUGGAUACAAUGUUAGUGGAAGGUCAAGAGCCAAAUGUUAAUAUAUAUGAUGCUCUUAUUGAUGGAUUUUGCAAGAAAGGAAAGACAAAUGAAGCACAUGAAGUGCUUUCCAGGAUGCUGGAUCGUGGCUAUGAUCCUAGUGUUUUUACUUAUAGUUCUUUCCUUGACAGGCUUUUAAAAGAUAAACACUUGGAUCUUGCUAUGAAAGUUUUGUCUCAAAUGCUCAAAAAAUCUUGUCGACCAAAUGUUGUGAUCUACACGGAGAUGAUAGACGGCCUAUGUAAGGUUGGAAAAACGGACGAAGCUGACAAGCUUAUGUUGAUGAUGGAAGAAAAGGGCUGCAAGCCAAAUGUUGUGACUUAUACCGCGAUGAUAGAUGGAUUUGGUAAAGCUGGUAAAGUUGAAAAAUGCCUUCAAUUAACCCAGCAGAUGGUUAGUAAGGGUCUUGCACCAAAUUACAUAACUUAUGCAGUCACGAUCAAAUACUGUUGUUCUGCUGGUCUUCUGGAUGAGGCUGUCCAUCUGCUAGAUGAGAUGAAACAGACAUAUUGGCCGAGACAUAUGGAAAGCUAUUAUAAGAUUAUUGAAGGGUUCAACAAAGAGUACUUGAUCAGUAUUGGUUUAUUGGAGGAAAUGAGCACGAAUAGUUCUACCAUCUCUUUUUUCCCCGUUUAUAGGAUUUUGAUUGAUAGCUUACUCAAAGCUGGAAGACUAGAAGUGGCUGCUGACCUACAUAAAGAACUUUCGUUGUCAUCAUAUCACGACAAGAAUAUUUAUGCUUCUUUAAUCCAGAAUCUUUGUAUAAAUCUGAAAGUUGAUAAAGCAUUUGAGUUAUAUGCAGACAUAGUAAAAAAAGGUGCAAUUCCAGAAGUGAGCGUCUUUGUUAGCCUCAUCAAAGGGCUUGUAUUGGCCAAUCGGUGGGAGGAUGCGCUCGACCUCUCUAGGAGUCUAUGUGAUAUGGAUGUUCGCUGGCUAACUGCUGACAAGAAAAUGGAUGGCAGCUAGUCUGAUAUAUGGGUUCAACUAAGUUCAAUCAAUGCCCAUGAAUAUCCGGUGACAUCAGACACCUCUGGCUUAAGAAGACCAAUUUGUCUGCAGCAAGAACCAAGGCGAGGGAUAUAUGUGCAUGACAUUGUGUUGGAAAGAAUCAUUCUACCGAGAGUCCAAAAGUCAAUUGCCAUCCACCACUAUCCAUCUGUAAUGGUGCUUUCACCUUCAGGUUAGAGGAUGUGAGAUGCCUCGUCCUUAAAUGCUUGCCUCUCUGAUUCCUAAUGCUGUCUUCUCUCCUGGACAAAUUCACAUUCUGAUCCCUGUUAUGGAAGAGAACUAAUCUCAACUGUAAUACAUUUUCUUGGGAACAACCUGCUCACCAAACCCGUCAUCACCCACUGGUUAGUGCCGCGGGCCAAUCAGUGUCUCAUGAUGCAACACAUUCUCAUGGACCAAAAAAUCGAAGGGGUGGGAUUCAUAGAUCAUAAGAGGCACAAAGGUGGUGUUGAUUUGGGGUCAUGGAGGACGGAAUACGAAGGUGUGGAAUGACGUGGGGUUUUUGCCGUUUCCCUGCAUAUCAAUGCUUCUCAAGUUGUCAUUAAAUAAUUAUUAUGCAUGUAUAUAAAAAAGUAUGACAUCUCAUCUCUGAGCACCCAUAACACCUACCAAGCGGUUAAUAAGGAGGAUGUAAAUUGAAUUUUAGUCACAGACGGACAUAUAACGAGUACUUGUAGUUGUUGUAGAGAUUCAAUGCAUUUUUACAAAGU